AUGCUUCCCCGCCCCUUUCCCACUUCCCACUCUCUUUCUUCUUCAAUACCUUCAUCCCUUCUCUAUCGUCCACCACAGGCCCGUCAAUUUUCCCAAUCUUCGUAUCCUCUUCCCAUGGACCCUUCGGCUGUGGAUUUCCGCGCCUUUUAUCCGUAUACACCCAACGAAGUCAAACACAGAAAGAGGACUACCAAUGCCCAACUCAAGAUACUUGAGAGUGUUUUCAAACGCGACACGAAGCCUAAUGCUGCGCUCAGAAACGAGCUUGCUGCUCAAUUGGACAUGACGGCUCGAGGUGUACAGGUCUGGUUUCAGAACCGGAGAGCCAAAGAAAAAAACAAAGCAGGGAAAUCGGCGGCAGCUACAACGAAAGACAUUGAUGAGCCCAGAGAGUCGAUUGGCCCAAUAGAGUCGAUUCUAUUGCCCCAGUCAACUUUUCCCUGCGACUUACCUGAACUUGGUGACACUUCCUCACAAGAAUCUAGUCCCACAGGUACUUCGCCGCCACAGCUGCAUGUUAGCAUUGAUUCUUCGAUCCCUUCGUGGCAGAGUUCGCCGCUCGUUACCCCAGAAGAUUCUAGGCUCUCUGGUGAGCUUGACAUGUGCUUCAUACGGCGAGGGUCCCUUCCAGUUGAUGUCUUUUAUAAUGACGACGGUUCGGCAGUUGGACCACCAUCAGUUGGCCAUCUUGACCCUUUUGCCAGGCGUCGUUCUGUCGACGCCAGCUUACACCGACUUGCUGCAAACCCUUACGCACAUCUGGCACGAGCCAAAAAUUCUGUACUCUCAGGCUCCCGGUUUCCAGGUCAUGUUAAUGACCCUUUUUCUCUCAGCCGGUCUUCAUCAGCGUCGAGUGAUUUCCCGAACCAUUCGCCAAUGCCUACCCACCAGGGCGGCAUGCACGUUCGUCACUCAUCUGUUGAUUCCCGCUGUUAUCGUCUCUCACCACACGGUGUGACCGUAUCCCCAUCACCUUCACCCAUGUCUGCUUAUCAUUCCUCCACUAUCCGAUCAUCUCUACCCGACAGCCGGCUAGUUGCAUUUUCUACACGGCCAAUCUAUUCACCAUUGCCUGGUCCACUUCCUUCUCCCGACUAUUCGUUCGGUGUCGCCAGCUCUAUGCCCUCUCUUGCUUCACCUGACAGUGAGCGAAAUUCUCCCGAUCAUUCACAUGGGUUGUUGUUUCAGAGAGAGGAUCUAGACGCAGAAGAUGAUGCUUCUUAUGACGGCUACUCGCGUUUCGGGUCUAUCACAUCUAUUGGAACCAGUGAUUCUAGUAACAGCGCGUACUAUUCAGAUGUUGGCAACUGUGUUGAUCCCUUGAGCGGCGUCGAGCUAGGCGAUGCUAGCCACCAGCAACACCGAAGAGGUAGUUCAGGGCAUUUUGUUGGCCUCAUGUCUGAUCUCACUGUCGAGGGAUUAUCACGUCCAUCACAGCAGCAUACUUCGUCGGCAUUGGCCCCCAGUGAGGGUUCCGUCACGGUAACCCCGAUACCUGUGUCUGUAGAUAGUCUGUCUCUUGAGGGUGACGUGACUAGCACGUAUCCUUCACCAUCAUCCACUAUCUCACCCGGUAACCGCAGUCCUGCUGAGCGCAACGGCUCCGCUGCUUCUUCAUUAUCUACCGAGUUGUUGCAUGCUUGGCAAAGUGAGCCAGAUGUGAAUCACCUUUCCACAUACACACCCUCACAACCACUCCAGCGACAUAACAAUCCUCCCGCAGUAAAAUCCGAGGGUCAAUUCUACCUUGCGGAUAACAGGUAUCCCCCGAUUGCUCUGCCGUCUGCGUCGAUUGAGUUUGCGGGUAACGAAUAUCAGUUUGUGGCGCACCAAUCGAGUCAAGACGGUGCCAAUUUUGGUGGGAGUACUUCAGUUGCUGAAUCCUAUCCCGUGGGUGUCGAUGCUAUGGGUCACGAACAUUUCCCAAAUCAUGGUCACAACGGUUCCCGAGACCCAGACUACAAUAAUUUUGAGGAUGGGUCAACAUCUUUCAUGUAA